UGUUUUGAAUAUCACAUUUUAUAAUAGUUAUUUAAAAGAAUUAAAUAAACAUUACAUAACCUCCAACAAUAUUUAUUUCCUUUUUCUGUCGCUUUUUAUAACCCAUCUCAUACAUGAUAUAUGUAUAUAUCCAUAUAUUUAUCUUCUGUGUCACUUCUCCCAUCACCUUUCUUUAAUGAAUACCUACACCCGAAAACUACUACCAGUCCAGCCACCGUUCACCGGCAUGCCGUCCCAUUCGUCACCGCCACAGAUUCCGGCACAUCUAGUAUAUGAUCUUAACCCUCCCUUUGAUUCUGCCAUGGCGUUGACCGUUCUUGUUAUUUUAGCAGCUCUUUUCUUUAUGGGAUUCUUUUCUAUCUAUAUCCGUCGGUUUUCUAGUGAUCCGGUGCCGGAGUUCACUGCUUCUAACCGACGGAGCCAAAGGACACGUCACUCUAACCAACUUCCGGUCAGGGCAGUUUCUGGUUCAAGUUUAGGGUUAGGGCUAGACCCGGAAGUUAUAAGGUCGUUACCGGUUUAUUCUUAUUUCCAUGGAGAAGUUAAGUAUCAGAUUGAGUGUGCAGUUUGUUUAGGUGAGUUUGAAGAGAAGGAGGUACUUAAAGUUAUACCGUAUUGUAAGCACGUGUUUCAUUUGGAAUGUAUUGACACGUGGCUUAAAAUGCACGUGACAUGUCCUGUUUGUAGAGGGGCCCAGUUCUUCGAAGUGAAAAGUAAGGGAGACGGCGGCGGUGGUUCAGGUACGGUGGUUGGUGAGGGUGAUGGGGGAAGAGAUGAAGAUCGUGGAAGAUCAACGGUUGAGAAUGGUGGAAGUUGUACCAUAGAAGUGGGGAGAUUGAGUGUAAGGAGAAGUGGUAGUUGUUCCAGUUUAGGAGAGAGCAGCAAGUUUACGUUAGAAAGAACGUCAAGUUCAUGAUACUUGUGAACUAAUUUGUAAUUUAAAUUAAUAUGGUAAUUAUUAAUUGGAAAUUUUAUGUAUUUUUCAUCAUUGUAUUUGUACAGCCACAAAUGUUUUAUUACUAGUUGGAGUCUGGUAAUAUUAUUUUAAUAAAUGCAUAAUUGGUGAUUUUAGCA